AUGCGUUUAAUCAAAGUCGCCUCUGUCGACUCCCCUCGGGGCCUGGAGAUGGUCGAUUUCAGCCCCAACAAUGUUCCUCCCUACGCCAUUUUGUCUCAUACCUGGACCGACGACGAGGUCAUCUACACAGACGUGAUUAACAAUACCGCCAAACAAAAGAGUUCAUAUCACAAGGUUGAGUAUACUUGUCGGCAAGCAAUCGCCGACAGCUACGAGUAUGCUUGGGCCGACAACUGUUGCAUCGACAAGCGCAGCAGCGCCGAGCUAUCAGAGGCGAUCAACUCCAUGUUUGAAUGGUAUAGCAAGGCCGAAAGAUGCUAUGCAUACCUAACAGACUGCCCUGGAGAUUUCGACAUGACCACGCUUGACUCUGAGUUUACCGGCAGUCGAUGGUUCACGAGAGGAUGGACACUGCAAGAGCUAGUAGCUCCCAAAGAUCUCAUCUUCUAUGGUGAGAACUGGGUUCGCAUCGGGGAAAAGAGAACCUUGAGUCACAUUCUAUCAUCUAUCACGGGCAUAGACGAAGAUAUCUUGAUAAACAUCCGUCCGAUCCAUUCGGCAAGCGUCGCAAAGAGAAUGUCUUGGGCAGCCUCACGUGAGACGACGCGACCCGAGGAUGUCGCUUACUCUCUCAUGGGGCUUUUCAACGUUAACAUGCCGAUGCUAUACGGAGAAGGAGAUAGAGCGUUUCUCCGACUACAAGAAGAAAUCAUGAAGCAAUCCGACGACCAGUCAAUCUUUGCCUGGACAGACCGCGAUGCCCCUGCGGAUGCACAUCACGGUCUCCUCGCCAAAUCGCCCACCAACUUUAAAUAUUCCAACUCUGUCGUCCCUUACGAAGACUGGGAGCCGAGAACUCCAUACUCAAUGUCCAACCGAGGUCUUCGCAUUGAUCUUCACCUCACUCGACAAGAC